AUGAUUAAACUGCGUUCCUAGUUGUCUUCGUUCAGAGAGAUAGCUCUGCCACAACAUGCCGACCAACAGCAGCGUCACCUGGUUUAUCAUCAUAGGAGUUGCAAUUGUUUCACUCCUAAUUCUUAUUUUGAUUCCUACCAGUUUCUCUGACGUCGAAUACUACGAGGUGAGCUUAUUUCAAGUUAUGAUUUUGCUUCAAAAGAGUGCUAACUAUUUUAAUUCAAUUCAAAGUAACAUUUUUCCAUCCACUUUCGACUUUGUGCAUACCUAUCAGCGCUUAUAACGUUAUCAGCUAUACCAUACAUAUCACUGAUGGAUGCAAACCGUUAUAAAAAGAAAAAGUUGUCGUCAUCGUAAUCUUCCUCUUAUAGCUCAAAUCUGUGCUCUGUUUGUAAUCCAGUAAUAACCCACCGACAAACCGUAGAACAGGUUAAUUAAAAUUAAAAUAUUUAGAAAAGGCAUUGUGUCAUCCUUAAAUUGGCAUCACAUCGAUGUGUGAACUAAUGGGAGCUAUACAUUUUGCAGUUUUCGCGGUUUUUUAAGGCUAAUCUCGUGAUGAAACCAUUUUGCAAGAAACGCAAUUUUGUUGAUUUCUACACGAUGUUCGGGGGCGGAAGAGAAAUAAUGGAAUAGAAAUACCUAAAAUUUCGUGUUGGAAUGAUGGAAUAAUGCUCCUUUCGGGAGUGGAAUAAUGGAAUAACGAAACGUGGGCUUGUGAUGUUCUUCACCCCCGAAUGAUAUCGUUCCGUGUCAAUGGCCUUUAGCACUAACUGUAUCUAAAUUUUAUUAUCAGUUGACGACAUUCGUCCCGGCAGUGCCAACGCUAUUCAAUUUCCCAAAAUUCUCCUUUUACUUCGUUAAGAUCUUCGCGUACAUUUAAAUAAGUAUUUGAUAAUUUAAGCAGAAACAUUUUCUCUCUACCGUUCAUCAGAUAGCGUAAUUUUACUUGAACUGUCAACCGGAUACUAACAAGUGAAAUAGUGCAAAAUAACAAGUGCAAACAAAAGAAGAUAAUGACAUUGGUGUAUAAUAGUGCCUAAUAUUCAACUCCCUAUUUCACGGGUGAAGUAAAAUCACUCUUAUGUUUGCGCCUUAGGCUUUCUGCGUGCGCAACAUUGCAUUACUUGGCUUCCUGAAUACGCCAACAGAAGCAACGAGACCUGAUCUUGACUUUGGCAUGUAGUGGCGUAAUCUUCAUAAACAGCACCAUGUUAAUUAUUCAACAAAGGAAAGGGUGACUCGUAGUGUUAACUAGACAAGUGACUUCGUUAAAAAAAGGCAUUAAUUUUAACUUAUACAUUAGAGCAAGAGAGAAUGGAUCACUGAGAGGAAAACGAGUCUUUUUCCUCAUAUCCCCAUAAAAAGUGUUGUCCCACACGUACACUCAACUGAGUAUUCUUAUUUCGGUUAGCUACACUAUGAAGGGCACUUUAUAUGUUACUCGGGGUUACCUGUCAGUUAGAAAUGGUUUGGCCCCUGACUGCAUAGGUGAGCUUUUCAAUUUUGCAAACAAAGGGUACUCCGUAGGAAAUGCAGGUUUUGAUAUACCUCGCUACUCAACAGUAAGAUAUGGAAAACACUCUUUUAGUACCUAAGCCCAUAUCUUUGGUCCAGAAUUUCCUCAAUUGAUCGACAGCGACUCUUGAUAAGAUUUUAAGAGACCUAAAGCAGAAAGAAAGACUUGACAUCUCUUAUUGAGGGCACGUGCAUCAAUUAUAACUUAUGUAUCACUAAACCACGUUUGCAAUGGGAUUUUUUUUAACGCUUUUUAACUAAAUAAUUAUAAAUUCGUGAAUAUUCUUAAUAUCAGUUUUUGUUGGAACUAAGCGAUAUUUAAAAAUUUGUGAAUAGUGCAGAUUUUAGAUUUUUAUUAUGAAUAACCUUCCCUGUCGUCAAAAAGAUUUUUAACACUCGAAGCAUUCUCCUUUUUUUAUUUUGUAUUUGGAAUGUUCUUUUUGGUGUCCAUAAUAAGCUUAAGCUAGCUAAACACUCUGACACUUAAAUAAAGUUCAUUCAUUCAUUUUAAAACAUGUUCUAUACCUGCAUCUUGCAUUUACAUAUCAAUACCGUUGCGGACACCUAGUCAAUAAUCAUUACGUUCAGUAGUUUUCCAUGAAAGAGGAAGUAAAAAUACUCCUUGUCUAUUUUUGUUCGCUUACUUUGCGCUCUCGUUAACAAUCUAAAAGUAGAGCAGCCUUGCUUUUGCAAAAACGAUGAAAAUAAUAUGAGCGUUAACCAAAUUCACAAAGAUUAAGGCCAAACAGUAGAGGUCUUCGUCGUAUUCAAAGCACUCCUUCCCUUACCACACCCUUGAUUGGAGUGACCAUAAUAUAUGCACUGCCACCCAGGCUUUUGGGCGCUGUUGUAUAUAUAGCACCUAAGGAUCAAACAGAAAUUUUUGCGGGCUUUCUAUACUGGAAAGCAAUUUGUCGUGGUCUCUUUAUGGUUAAUAUACUCGUCAUACUGCCUUGACGGAGUUUUUCGUGAUCUUAGGCACGAAAACCAUUCGAAACUAAGGCAAUGUUUGACGAAAAUAAGCACUUGAUCUUGAGUUGUUUUAUGCAAGCGGGUCCAGAGAACCUUUUUUGAAGAUAUCAGCACUCCUAAGAGACAUGACUAAACGCACGAGUGAAUUAAAAACCGACAGACCUAUACCUCACUGAGCACCUAUAAGACCACAAUAUCACGCUUAAACAAAGGGCUGAAAGCCAAUAUCAGAAUAUUGUAUGCACACAAACAACAACUAAACACUUUAACCUUGGAGUGUUACUGAAAGACUUGACAGCGUCUUGGAGCAGUGGCAGUGCCUGGUUCAGUUCUUACCCAGUAAGAAUUAAAGCCCAGAAUCUUUGGCUACGUCCAGACAAAUCAGGAUAUUUUUGAAACCGGUCAAGAAGGAUCAUUAUAAGUUUACUGCCCACCCACCCUCCCCUCCCCCAUUUUGCCCUCACUUAGGGCAAAAUAUUGGCUUAGAGGAGGGGUAGGUGGGCAGUUUCGCAAAAACGUAUUAUGAUCAUCGAAACAGCAUCUUUGUUAAACCUCCUCUCCAAAGUGGUUUAUAGCCCGGUACACACUAAUAAGGGUAACAAAACAUGCGGUUUCAAAAAUGUCCGGAUUCAUGUGGAGGUUUCUUAAUCCUUGCAUCAGAAGACCCAAUAUAAUACUGACAUUUACCGGCGUUCGUGAUUGAAAAAUGCAUCACUGAGCCGUGAAUACAACCUGUCAUUUCUGACUUCCGCGUUUACAGCCUCCAAGCGGUGACUCGUCAUUUCUCGGGGAGAGGGAAGUUUGUCUCUCUGACUCAAAUGUUAUGACAUCUUCCACGCGAAAAGUGCAAGUAGUAGCUCUCAUUUGUACAUGUUUGCUACUUCUUCUCCUCGUUAUCAUAUGGCCAGUUAGCUUUUCCGAUGUCGAAUAUUACGAGGUAUGCGAGGAAGUUGCAACGGAAUUCGCUAAAGGGUCUCAAUGGGGUGGAAACUUUAACGGCGGUAAACAGUCGAAUAUGUGCAGUUGUCAUUCAUACAACCCAAUAACAGUUGAUAUUAGGGACCUUAAGAUCCAACGACGACGACAGCAACGAGGACGUCAAAAAAGCAAUAGGUUUAAUAACCAAAACAACAAUUUUGCACUUGCAUCACGUUUAUUUGCACAUUUCUUUGCCGUCACUGCACGACUACGACGUGAAAAUGCCUAAUUUCGCGUUUCACAGAGGAAAGACACAAGCGAUGACCAAAUUUCUUCUCUAUUUGUGAAGUUGGAUAUGGUUCUUAGGAAUUCAACUUUAGGAGGGUUCACCUACAUUUGACAAAGUUAGUGACUUGAAGUAAUCGCGAUGAAGAUUAAAAGAGCGCGAAUUCACUUUUUCAGUGACGUUUUCGUUGCCGUCGCCCGUCCUGCAAUCUUUAGGUCCCUGUUUUGUUGUUUAAAACGGUUAACGGUUGGUAUCGUUCUGUUAUGUGAACGGAAAUCUCAGGAACGGAAAAGAAAGGGUUUUAAAGUUACAAGACAUUAUAAAGUCGACUCCCGAUAACUCGAACCUCUCGCUAACUCGAAGGCCAAGAUUCUUAAAUUUACUACAUUGAUUUACUGUAAUUUUACCCUUGAUAACUCGAACCUCCGGCUCUAAAAGUAAUUUUUGUUUCCCUUCAGAUCAUUUCUAUACAAUUUUACCCUCGAUAACUCGAACCAUGUUUUAAGCGCGUGAAAAUUCGAAAAAAACGCAGUGAAACAUAGAACUUCCGUCAAAACAAUCGUGUAAUCUUUCUCUUUAAGAUUCUUUAUUUUUCGUCAGUCCAAUUCAAAUAUAAUGUUUAGGGUUAUUAAUCAAGGUAUUGUUGCGAAAUUUCGUUUUCAAAAUAUCAAUAUAUCUCUUGCUUCCCUUGAAAAGAAGUGUACAGUACUUGCUUUACUCCCCCAUUCCAUCCUUUCGAGCUCUCGAUAACUCGAACUGUUUUCGAUCUCUUCGUGAAGGUUCGAGUUAUUGGAAGUCUACUGUACAUGUACGUGACUAGCGAAUCUCUUGAAACAAGGAAAAGCUUUAACUAGCUGUUAAACUGAAUUUUCCAAAAUUUUACGCCUUACAAUUAAAAGUUUGGCUGAUUACGGCUAAUAGUAAAACUCAUUCACACUUACUCAGAACCCGAAACAAGUCGUACGCCACGAUUAGUGUUUUAGCCGUUCUAAAGUGAACAGCUAACGGUGAACUGUCUCAUUGAGGCCCUCUCUUGUAACCUCUAUAUAUUUGUGUUAUACCAUGUUUCGAUACGCAGUAAGGGUAUGAAGUUUUAACACUUUCAUUAGUUACUUUGUGUCUUUAUUAUAAAUGCCUGGUUAGUCUGAUUGUAAAUGGCAAAAAAUAUGUAUACUUGUUAUGCGAAAACCUUAGCCUUGAAAUAUUCUUUGUUAAGCUUGAUGUUUUGCAGCAAAAACAGUACAUUUUUAGGAGUUUGUUUCUGAAGAGUUAGUUUCUUACAUUGACGAUGUGCAUGUCUAAACGGAUCAUUUUACGUUUCUGGGAAACUGCCCACCUACCCCUCCCCUAAACCAAUAUCUAUACUUAGUUCUUACUUAGAGCAAAAUGUUGGCUUAGUGGAGGGGUAGGUGGGCAGUUUCAUAGCCGUCUCAACAAGCAAACAUCCUUCUAGUGUAAUAGUGCCACAGGAAAAUGAUUGAUCGAUUUGAUACAAGUGGCUAUAUACUGGUAGUGAGACAUUUUCCCAGAUGAUUGACGUCACUUCCCGAAAAUUACUAAAGGCGUUCGAAGAUUUCCGAUCAAGAAACGAAGAAUAUACGUAUUACCUUAGCUUCAGGUCUUAUGAUAAGCUGUAUUAUGAAAUUCUUUGAGCAUGAAAAAAAAAAAAACUCUUAGUGCAUGCUUACAAGAUAAAACUUCAUUGAAAAUCCAUUGGAAACGUUUUUACGACCAGACGGCUGUGACCAGAAUGCGAGAGAACCAUCUACGUCGUCGAAAAUCUUUAAAAAAACUACGUAAAAGUUGACAUUCUAUGGCAGGUGGUUUCUAAGAUCACUCCUUCACUCCGAUUUCGACCUCAACAACCUCUCACAGACUGUCUCUCUAUUCUAGGACUAUAGUCCAGUGGAACUCCUUACCUCAAGAUGUAUUUCAGUACUCUCUUCGCUGAUCCUGCUUACUUCUUGGCCAGUGUGUCUGAAAUCUCCUAUCAUCAGCUGGAGUGAUUUUAGACUCAUUGUUUUCGGAAUUGAGCUACAUGCACCAACUAACAGUUACUAAGUGUUUUGUCUGUUUGUUUUUUUACCACACCGACUAAUAAUCCUCUUUUUGAGGGGUUGCUGUAGCGGUAAAUGAAUAAUAAUAAAAUAACUUUUGAACUGAACUGAAAGUUUACUUUAAAAAGGAAAUCAGCAAAUUUAAACAGCUAACUUCCCCAAUAUACUUUUCAUUUUUCAACAGCGUAGUUUGGAUGGUGCCUCAAUCCUAAUUUUUCGAAGACUCAGUGUGGGCACUAUAAUCUUGCAUCAGUCGAGUCUGACAGCUAAUUAUUCCUACCGUAUUUUUUAUCGCAGCUCGGCUUCAAAAGACGUAAAUCCACUGGUUAUGUCGACAUCGAUAAGGUAUAUACCUCCGGGCGAUACUUCGUAGGCCCGGACUACACAUUCAAGGUGUUCCAGGCCAAUGCACAUUUUGUAAAAUUGGACAAGAUUGCAGUGUGGACAGGAGAUAAGAUUGAAAUCAAGAUAACCUGCACUUUUCAGUAUUUCCUUAAAAAGAACUUUCUGCCAGACUUGCAUGAGGCCUACAAUGUUGACUAUCAGCCCGUUGUCAAGGGAACAGCUAUAGACGCUAUAAAAGGGCGGGCAGCGGAUUUACCAAUCGACGAUUACAUUAGGUUUGUUUAAGAAAAGAGAGAAACUUUUAUGAGUAAUUUAGCUGUUAGCAACGACCUCUUCAAACAGAUUAUAGUAACGACUGUGAACUUCCAUAUACAGCUAAAUCAAAAGAGGUUGCGUUGGUAAUUGGUCACAGGUAAUUGGACAUUUGGGCAUAUGGAAUAAUGCAAUGAUUUACUUAAGUAACCAUCAUACAAUAGCUUCCCUAUGCCCGAAGCAACCUUUAUUGAAACAGCUAUACUUAUAUAUACUAUACUAUACUAUACUAUACUAUACUAUACUAUACUAUACUAUACUAUACUAUACUAUACUAUACUAUACUAUACUAUACUAUACUAUACUAUACUAUACUAUACUAUACUAUACUAUACUAUAAAAGCUCAAUUGCUUGCCCUCUUUCCCCUACAAAUUUCUAAAACGAACGAAACAUCAUAUGAGCCCACACUUUAGCUACUGACUGACCUGACUGUCCUGGAUUUCUCCUCAUAGCUUUCGUAAUCCCCGCCCUUUUUGUACGUAUUACGUAGAAAAGGGACCUUCUUCAAUUGGAGCCUUUCCAUACACCCUAUUAUAGGGAGUAACCUCCGCUCGGUAUUCACAAAUUGUCCCUCACUGAUGUUGUUUGCUUCAGUUCUUUUAACACUCUUUCAGCUGCAAUUUGCUUACGGACCAGUGGCGGAUCCAGAUCUUUAGAUAAGGGGGGCCCGGUCAUCCAGACCCUGAGAUAAAGGGGGGCGGUCUCAAAAAAAAAUUUUUUUUCUGCCCUUCGGGCCUCAGUUUGGUCUAAAAAUAAGGGGGGGCUAGGCCCCUCCCCUGGAUCCACCACUGCUAAAAACAGACUUUUUCUAUCGAUACCCAGGAAUCGCGAAAAUAUAGAAAGAGAGCUUUUCAAAGCGCUGGCAAGACGUGUGGAUGGAUGUUGCAGGGAGACAUGUCCUCCUAAGGAAGGAGAAAUGCCGCCUUGUGGUUACUGUAUAACAAAUGCUCUGUGUAAGAGCAAUCAAAAGGGAAUAUUCGUAGAAGUACGAUAUUUCCAGCUGCUUGAAGUUGAUGUUCAUGAAGAUGUCAAGAGUCGCUACCUGCGACAGGUCACUGAGGCAGCUGAGGAAGAACGGGCCGAAUUUGAGUUGCAAGAGAAGGUGAUAAGUUCUGUUACAAAGUUGUAGGGCCGAAUGUAGCGAUUAUGCUAGUACACAAUUACCACAGCAGUACCAUUAGGGCUAUUCGAUCCCGUCACCCCGACCCAAUCCCGCAAUCCCGAUGGUUAUUUUCGGCAUCCCGCAUACCGUGAUACUUUCAUUCCCGAAAUCUUGCCCCUGUUUUGCUUCAAAAUCCCGAAUCCCGGCAUUCAUAUAAGGCAAAUACCGUGUCCCGAUAAACCUACUUGAGACCCUCUAUGGAUAAAGGGCGACCCUCGCUUGACCGUAUAGGGUUCUUUAAUCCCGUCAUCCCGAACCAAAUUUUUCCUUCAAUCCCGUAAUCCCGAUGACUAUUUUGGGCAUCCCGCAUCCCGUGCAUAAUUUAAAUCCCGAAUACCACCCCCAUUUUGCUUAAGAAUCCCGAAUCCCGGCCGUCAAGUAAGGCAAAUCCCGCAUCCCGGAAAAACCUAUUACGGACCCUCAUACACGAAAGGCUGCCUAGAGGAUGUACAUAAAUUUUAAGAUUCGACUCCUUCGAGUCAGUGGUGUAUAAUCCCUUCAUUUUUCCACAAAAUAGGUGGUUCGCAAGGAAACCGAGAGAAUCAAAAACGAAAUCUUUAACCAAGCCAGGGAGAUUGCGCAGAAUGCAAGCGCCAAGGCAACGGUGAUUAGUGCCCAGGCCAAGGCAGACGCUCUGGGUAUAGUGGAGAAGGCAAGAUCUGAUGGUUUGAAGAACAUGUACACAGUGUUAGGGAUCACUACAGAUGAGCAGAAGGCAGCGUUCAAUUACCUACGAUCACUACGUCAGAACAAAAAUGUAAAGCUGAAUGUAGGCUAUAAAUCACUUGCGCAAUUUCAGAAUUAAGUUGAUAAGCAUGU